AAACUUCUACCAACACGUAUUGAGAAUUUCCCGACAUUUAUCUAGAUUUUCUCGUAAUUUAAACACUAAAUUCGUGUUAAUUUGUUAAUAAGUGAUUAAAAAUGCGUUCAGCUGUUGCCUUUUUUGCCUUCACAAUUUUAUUAGUCGCUGUAUCAGCGCGGAUAGACCCUAAAAACUUGAAGUGCCUGGUAUGCCGGACGACCUUCGAGGAGCUUAACGAUGUGAUAAAAAAAGUAGAUAAAUGGAAAAAAGUCGAUGUAGGAAACUUCAGGAUGGAUGCCAGCGGCAACACGAUGCAGGAGAAGGUACCAGCUCAUCGCUCAGCUGUGUACAUCUCCGAACUGAUUGAUGAAAUCUGUAAAAAAAUGGACGAUUACGUCCGAGUUUAUUACAAGGCCACCAACAAGUUGGCCAUCAUGCAGCUGAUCACGAAGGACGGCGGAAUGAACCCUGACUUCUCCAAAACCAAGUUCGUUACUGAUGAUGACCUGAACAAGAGUUUGGAGUACUAUUGUGAGCGUAUGUUUGAGGAGAAUGAAGACGAGAUCACGUCGCUGUACAAGAACAGGCCAGACGACGACAUCAUGCCUGAUGCCGAGAGAGAGAUCUGCUUCAAUCACGCUCAAUACUGUGAGGAAUGGAUGCUGCCCACUGAAGAAGAUACAACCUGGACACACGAGAUGGAAGCUGAAUACGUCAAGGUUCACGGACCAGACCCAUAUGGUUUCGGUGGUCUCCCCCCACAGACAUCAAUGCCGGACGUGAGCGAAGACUACGAUGACGAUGUCCAAGCCCAAAGCGAUGACUUCGAUAUUCCAGCGGAGAAAGAUGAGCUAUAAUUUUGUAUUAUAUAUUAUUUAGGGCUGAUUUUCAAUAGUCA